AUGCCACGAGUCUGGGUCAGCGACCAAGGAACCCAUUUCGAAAACGUGGCCAUGAAGGCGCUAGCCCACAAGUUCAAGGUCCAUCAUGACCUAACCUUGACCUACUGCCCCUGGCGCAAUGGAACGGUGGAGCGAAUGAACCGCGACAUCCUUCAAGUGAUGCGGGUCAUGCUGCGAGAGUACCAACUAGCCCAACAGGAAUGGGACUACCUAUUGGCAGUGGUCCAAGCCAACCUCAACCAAACACCGCUGUUCACGGCUUUGAACCCGGCGACUCCCCUGGAUGUCGUUGUGGUGGGCAUGAACAAGGAACUCCGAGAGAACGACUGGACGGUUAAGGAGAUCCCCAAAAACCUGGACAAGCUGCGUGCUAGCCUGCAAGUCAUGCACAAAGAACGAAGCAACUAUGUGCUCUGGUCCCGUGUCGACGAACGCUAUCACCCCAAGCUGCUCGUAACCUGGACGGGCCCCUACCGAGUCAAGGAAGUGGGCGAAUUCUCCGUCGUUUUGGAGCACUUGGUGACCCAUGAACUACGGAAGGCGCACGCAUCAAGAGUCAAGCUCUACGCCGAAGACAGCUUUAAAGUGACCGAAGAGAUCCUUGAACACGUUUCCGAGCAAGGGAUCAUGCUGAAGGUCAAGUCCAUCGCGGGACACAAGUUUGUCCCGGAUGUGAAAGACUUCAUGCUGGAAGUGCUUUGGGAAGGUUUUGAGGAUAUCGAGUCGUCAUGGGAACCCCUGCAGAUGCUCAUGCAUGAAUGCCCAGCCGUGGUGAAGAACUACGUGGAAGGCGUGAAGACAGCGAGCGAAGGCGAUGAAGCGAGCGAAAGCGAAGAAUUAGCGAGGCCCAAGUGUGUCCUGCGGGACAUGGCUUGGCUGGGGGCCACGGGGUGCCGACUCUUGGCGAACCGACACGAAAAGGCAUAG